GAAAGCACCAAUUGUGUCCCAGUGGGCGGGGUUUGACCGUUAAUCCAGGAUGUGAUUGUUUCGUUUAGUACGUGUAACUAGCAAAGAUGUUUAACAUAAAUAUGUCCUGCAUUUUUAUUCUUAGUUGCACUGACCAUGAAGAAAACAACUAGACAAAAGCCGCAGACGUUUAUAUCUCGAUUUGUUCGCACUUUGCAUGUGUGCAGUGGGGAUUGAAUGGUCACUGAUUGCUGUCCUCGGUUGGGAUUGCAGCUUGGCCCGUCACUGUACUGCUGUUAAAGUCAUGUUUAUUUCAUAAAGAUGGCAACGAGGGGCAAAUUAUAAACUAAAUGACUGUCAGAAACAUCGCCUCCAUUUGUAAUAUGGGCACCAAUGCCUCUGCUCUGGAGAAAGACAUUGGUCCAGAGCAGUUCCCCAUUAAUGAACACUACUUUGGAUUGGUCAAUUUUGGAAACACUUGCUACUGUAACUCAGUGUUGCAGGCUCUGUAUUUCUGCCGGCCGUUCAGGGAGAAUGUGUUGGCGUAUAAAGUCCAGCAGAAAAAGAAGGAGAACCUUCUCACUUGUCUGGCCGACCUCUUCCACAGCAUCACCACACAGAAGAAGAAGGUGGGCGUGAUCCCUCCUAAGAAGUUCAUCUCACGUCUGCGGAAAGAGAAUGACCUGUUUGAUAACUACAUGCAGCAGGACGCCCACGAGUUCCUGAACUACCUGCUGAACACAGUGGCUGACAUCCUGCAAGAGGAGAAGAAACCUGAAAAACAGAACGGACGGCUAAAGAACAAUGGCACUGCCAUCACCACGGACACCGAGCCAGAACAGAACAAGACUGAGCCCACCUGGGUUCACGAUAUCUUCCAGGGCACGCUGACCAACGAGACGCGCUGUCUCAACUGUGAGACGGUCAGUAGCAAGGAUGAAGACUUUUUGGAUUUGUCUGUAGAUGUUGAGCAGAACACUUCAAUAACACACUGUCUCAGGGACUUCAGUAAUACAGAGACCUUGUGCAGUGAGUAUAAAUACUACUGUGAAAUGUGCUGUAGCAAACAAGAGGCACAGAAACGUAUGCGUGUGAAGAAGCUGCCCAUGAUCCUGGCUCUUCAUCUGAAGCGCUUUAAGUACAUGGAGCAGCUGCAUCGGUACACUAAACUGAGCUAUCGUGUGGUCUUUCCACUGGAGCUCCGCCUCUUCAACACCUCCGCAGAUGCCGUCAACCUCGACCGCAUGUACGACCUCGUCGCCGUGGUGGUCCACUGUGGCAGUGGCCCAAACAGAGGGCAUUACAUCACCAUCGUGAAGAGUCAUGGUUUCUGGCUGCUGUUUGAUGAUGACAUUGUGGAGAAAAUUGAUGCACAGGCGAUAGAGGAGUUCUACGGUUUGACUUCUGACAUUUCCAAGAACUCUGAGUCGGGAUACAUCCUGUUCUAUCAGUCAAGAGAAUGAAGGAGCAGAGGAGGGACGCGAGAAGAGACCAAAAGGAAGGGUAUAUGUGAAGAUGAUAUCCGCUAGAUUCCUUUUCCACAUCCCUCUCCUUUUCCUUAUCUCAUUCUCAGGGUCUCCAGCUGAGACUGAGUUGCCAAAAUCCCUCUGUAACCCCAUUUUGCCAAUAUGACAUUUCCCAAAAUUUCCAUUUUCCCAAUCUCGCUGCACCCUGGGGGAAAAAACACCUUUUCAAAUCUGACCCUCAAGUCAGUCACCUGCAUCUGGAAGGCACUUUAUAAACAAAAACGACAAUAAGUAACACAAAAGCAACACAAAAAAAAUCACAACAUAUUCAACUACAAUACUUGUGGAAUCAAACUUGAAGGAAUCAAAAAGCUACAAAAAGAGCAAAGAGUCCUGGUAAUCUAGCAAGAGUCACUGCUUCUGUUUGUUUAGUGCCCUGGAAAGUGCCUCUCAUCUUGGGUAUCUGAAACCAGGAGGAGGGUUUCUCUCUCAAUCUCUGGCUUAAGGUCAUGGAGCCGUUUCGGGUCCCUUUAGAUGUUUCAUACUGUGAUGCCUACUCAUCAGUCGUCCUUCAUACGACUUUUACCCAGUAGCUGGUGAAUCCACACAUCCUAGUUCAGUCAUUGGAGUGGCUGUUUGCACUGUGUAACAAUUUGUUUUGGAUUUUGGCAUUUUGUGGAAAUUAGAUUAUGAUUCUGAGCAGUCUGUUACAUGAGUGUGUGUGUGUGUGUGUGUGUGUGUGUCUGCAUUUAGUCAUGCAGGCAGCUGAUGUGAUGUGACUGCUUUUCAUCCAGAAAUAGUUGCAGUCUUGUUACCGAGAGAGUUUUCAAAAGUUGUGCAAUUUGAAUUCUUUGCUCUCUUAUAGUAACAAAGAAAAAGGGCAGAAACGCAAGGCUGAAAUGCUGCUUUUGUCUUCUUUCCAUUCUUAUCUAUCAUUGUUAUUAACUUCCAUGGUAGGUAAUGGCCUUACAUAGACACGUGUUUCAACAACCUUGCAGUCAACUCUUGUUAAGUUCAACCAAAUCUGCCGGUCCCAACUGACUUCUAGUUUCUAGUUCCUGCUUUAGUUACUCAAGGUGGGUUGAAUCCAUCUUUUUUUCUCCUAAAUAGAUGUUGUAACUUGUAAACAUGGUCAUUUUUUAAAGCAAAAUGAUGUGGCAUUUAAUUUUAUCAUUACUUUUAGGUGCUAAAGGUAUAGUUCACCAAAAAUGAAAACUUGCUGGAAAAUUUA